AAAAAAAACUACCUGUCUGCGAUUAACCAUUUAACCUUAUUAAAACCCUCACUUUCUUUCUUCCUCUUCUCCCUGCUAUUUACUUUACCUGUCAAACCCUAGAGGAUUUUUUAAAACCAAAUAACACCAUAACUGAAAUUAAAUUAAAAAAAUGGUAAUAAAAUUGAACAUAAUUUAAUUUCUGUAAUUUAAUUUCUGUGUUUGGUAUUUUAGAUCCCAGUUGAGUUUACUUUUCAGGGAAAUAAAUAAACAAUCAAUCAAAAGAAAAACCCUAGAAUUGGGGUUUAAGGGUAAAGAUAAAGAUGUCAGCCGGAGUUUGUGGGAAGAGAGUUGGGUUUGAGGAAUUAUUUGGUUCUUCAUCACCACCGUCCAAGAGAUCCAGAUGUUCUGGUUUCGGAUCACCUACCCGAUCCCCUGAUCUCGGGUCUGGAUCCGAUGAUACCCUUUUCACUUUGCUACAAAUGUUCCCUUCUUUGGAUCCUCAGUUGGUGAGAACUGCUCAUAGGAACUACCACGAUAAAAUCGAUGAUGCCAUCGACUCUUUAAAGAAUGUUUCGUUUGGUGAUGUUGCGGAAAUAAAUAAAUUACAGAACUUUGAGUCUGCUGCAAUUCGGAAUUGUGAUGCUGCUCCUGCUCCCACCGCAACCACAUCCUUUUCAGGUAUUCAAGUGACAGAACAAGAGGUCGAACAUACGAAAGCUAGUGAGUUUGAAAAUAUGGUAGAUGGCUCCAAAUGGGUGGAUUUGUUUGUGCAAGAAAUGAUGAAUGCAACAGAUCUUGAUGAUGCGAGGAUGCGUACUGCUCAAAUUUUAGAAGCUUUUGAAAGAAGUUUAACUGCUCAUUCCCGUGCAUCGGAGCAGGUGGAGCUUGCUUCACUCAAGGAACAUCUGCAGAGUUUGUUAAAUGACAACCAGAUCUUGAAGAGAGCUGUUUACAUCCAGCAUGAACGUAAUUUGGAGCAAGAAGAGAAGACAAAGGAAGUGCAAAACUUAAAGGUUCUGCUAAAUCAGUACCACGAGCAAAUCCGAAGCUUAGAGCUGAACAACUACGCCUUGAAACUGCAUCUCCAAAGAGCACAACCGAAUAUUACAUUUCACGGCCACUUCAAUCCGGAUUUAUGUUAAGGUUACUUGAGUGGCAUCACAAAACUUAAUGUUUCUUACAAGUUACAUAUGAUCAUUUUUUUUGAUUUCCUUUUAAUUUCCCCCCAAAAUUAGUGAGAGGUAAUGAUAAGUAUAAAGAUCUACACAUGGAUGUGCUAAAGUUUGAAGAGUAUAUGUAUAACUCGGGCCAGCUAAACUUGGCUCUUGGCAUGAAUUUUCAAUUUGAGUUGUAGUUUUCACCUGGAAGUAGGGUACUUAUUUGGUUCCCAAGGUGUGUA